AGCACACGGUCCGUCCCACUCCGCGCUCCGCCGCUGUUCGUUUUCUGUAAAAUUCAACCGACAGUUUUUACUUUAUUUCCAUUUAAAUCUUCGCUGGUGGCGGAUGAAGAACUAAAGUCUGGAUAAAAUAAACCGGAAGCAGUCUCAGGAUGGAGCUCUCCUCUUUACUCCAGGACCUUCAUCUCUCCUCCUCCUCCUCCUCCUCCUCCUCAGAGAAGCCCCUCCCCCCUCCUCCUCUCCCUCCAAUCACAGAGCUGCUGUCUCAGCUGAGGGAGAAGCUGAUUGGUGCGUCUGACCGACCCUCUGAAACCAGCGCUCUGAUUGGUCGAGUGGAGCGACUCUUCCAAGUGGCAGAUCCUGAUUGGUUGUUCUCUGCGGCCCCAGCCAAUCAGGAGGGUGGGUGGGAGGAGCUAGGGGCGGCGUAUGUGUCUCUGAUCAGCGCUCUGAUUGGCUGCGCUGCUCUGCCGCUCUGCGAGGACGACUGCAGUCCUCCCAGUGCCUCGGCCUAUCAGAGAGUCCCGGCCCAGGCCGCUACCGUUUGCUCCGCCCUCACCGCGCUGCAGGGGACUCUGGGUAAAUCCCAGGGAGGGGGCGGUGCCAGUGUACUGCUUGCCGUGGCUCCGCCCACCUGUGUGUUUGCUGUGACACAUUUCCAGGAGCAGGCGUGGACAAGCUCCGCCUCCAGAGCAGCAGCACGGUGUCUGAUGGAGGCGGUGCUGAGGGCGGGGCACUGGAGAGACUCCGCCCACCUCCUGAUGGGGGAGGAGGGGAGGAGCAGAGGGAUUCUGGGAGGAGUCCUGGACGUCCUGCAGCCUCACCUGAACAGAGACUGGUGGCGUCAUGGCGACUGGGUGAAGUGUGUGUUCUCGUGGACUCUCCUCCAGGUCACUCGUCCCCAUCUCUCCCCCCACCUCCCCCGCCUCCUCCCCCCCUCCCUCCUCCUCCUCGACCACCACAGACCAGAGAACUGCAUGCUGGGAGUCCGCUGCCUCCACCACAUCAUCCUCCACACGGCGGCUGCAGAUCUUCAUCAGUUCAACAGAGCAGAUGUUCUGUACCAGGCUCUGUUCACACACCUGUACUCACCUGAGGCUGCGCUCACACAGGUAACACACACAGUAACACACACAGUAACACACACACACCGUCUCUCCUGGUUUGUCCGUACCUCCUCCUGGUCUGAACACAAGUUGCCUGCGCUUCCUUACUCCUCCUCUGCCUGCUCCUUCUCGCGCUCUCCCGUUCUCCCGAUGGGCGUGGCCAUGUGCAGACACCUGUGCCGGUUGGAGAGGGUGGUGCUGAGUUACCUGGAGGUCAAGGACCCGCCGGAGGAGACGAGCCGGCUCAACAUCCUGGAGGUUCUGGAGAAGAUGAUCAGAGGAGCGUGGCCACGGAUGGAGACUCGUGUCCACGCGUUGCUGUGUUGCCUGUUGCGGUUGCUGGUGGACGUGUCCUCGGACCUGGAGCUCAGUGACUCUGUGCGGCAGCAGCUGAUUGGUCGAAGCUGCGUCUGCAUCAAGCUGCUGGACGCGUGUUCCCAUGGCAACGUCCAGCUUCUCCUCCAGCAGCUCGACAGCAGCUGCUGCAGCUCCGAGGUCCUCGGCUACCUGGCAACGGUGACCAUGGCGACAGACCGGUGACCACCUGGAGGCGGAGCUCAGCGUGAUGUCACCAGGUGGAUGAUCAGAGUCUAAGAGACGUGGUCCAGAUGGUCCAGAUGUCGUCUCAGGUCCAGAUUGUCCUGCUGCGUCCACAAACUGCAGCGAAGAUGAGCCUGGACGGAGACAGACAGGAGCGCCGUUAGCCUAGCUUAGCACCAGCUCCGUUAGCCUAGCUAACUGCUGGACGUCGCUGCGGAUACGUUCCGCUCCAGACUUCAUGAACUCAAAUUAAAACUGGCUAAGCUAAUGGGCUAAAACAACACGUUCUGUACGAGUUACACUUCAAAAUAAAAGCUUUCCUACCUUCA